UUUUGAACGUUACCCGCCAGAAGUCAGAACUUAAAACCAAAAACGCAACAACCGCAAUAAAACGUUAAGAAAAAUAAGAAGAAGCUCUUAAACUCGCGUUAAGUUUUUCGAUUCAGUAGUCCGCUGCUACUUUCACCACGUUUCAACAUCGAGAAACGCACUUGAUAUCCAACAUGGACGAUUUUUUAACGAAACGACUCACUGAAAACAGUUUAAGCUACAAAACGUCGCUGGAACGAAUCAUAGACAAGUAUUCAAAGCUUCAGGACCAAGAUGGAGGGAUGGAGGUGUGCCUCGUGAAAACAUCAACUCCAGCAAUUGAACGCUACAUGAGGCAGUCAAAAAUGGAGCUGAACAAGCGCCUGACAGAUGUGAGUGACGAGUCAAGAUCCCAGGACAUAACAACAGACUCUCAGUUAAACUUCACGCUUCAAUCCGGCAGAGCUGAUGAAACUUGUGCUUCCAACCUGUCUGUGUCUGUGGAGGAUGAUGUGACAGCUAGAAGUGACACGACUCACCUGACUGUGAGCUCGUCGGAUGCGAGUCAGAGAACCAUUUUUGAGGUGGAGGUCCAGCCUGAGGACCAAGAUGAGGAGCUGGAAAUGACUCUGAGAAGCCAAGGCAGCUCUUUGGUGGAGCUCUACCCCAGCAUGAUCAGUCGUAUAGGGAGGGCCUGGCACCGGCAGCAUGUCUCAGAUGCAGCUGACUCGGUGCUGAGGAGGUACCGCAGAUGGCGACAGCAGUCAAACAGAAGCAAUCUCAGCAACACCUUCAUCAUCACACUGAAACACAACAGAAACCCGAAAAACACAAUGCUGCUGAAUGAAGGCAGCCCCGUCAGAAGGCAGUUCCUGGGGCCUGAGACCACCCCUCGGUCUCCGCUGCAGAUGUUAAGUAAUAUGCAGGAUUGGCAAAUGCAGCAGCCGUCUCCUGGGAGGGGGAGAAGAGAGGAGCACCAGUCUGUCCUCGUGAUGGACCUCUCUGGUCCCUCUGAGCCAAGAGAGAGUUCACUAAAUGAGACCUUCACUGUGUCUGAAGUAUCCCAGAUGGGAGAGCAGCCCUCCACUUACACGCUCAGCCCUUCACGACCUUGCUAUCCCACCGCAAAAGCAUCCUUGGACCCUUCCCUCAGGUCUAAAAGGCUUUCUCUCACUGCACACUCCCCGCAGACCAAUGGCUGCUUCACAUAUGCAUCUGAAAGCACAGCUGCAAGAGAACGACCAGACAUCUACAACUCCCCAGUCAGGCAGAGUCCCUUACAGGCAAGGACGAUGACCAGCCUCAGCAGAUCACCUCGUGCCUUUUCAAGAAGCCCAAAAGCACCCUCUUCCGAAAGCUUUUCCAGAGAGGCUACAAGGCCCAGAUUAAUCUCCACCCCUCCACAAAAGCCAGUUGUGCCAGAGAGGAUGCUUUACGCUCAAGACUCCCACCUUUCCCUUUACACACAGCUUCGUUCUCCUCAGUCAGCCACACCAGCAGGAGGUUGUCACAGGCUCAGGCGUCACCUUUCCUUUGACUCCUCCCUGCCGUCCAUCCGCAUCUCCUACUCCCCAAAAAAGCUUGACGAGGACUUUCUGAGGCUCUACCACAAGUUUGUCUGCCAGAGCAAAUCAUCUUUCUUUAAUGGGCAUCCCUGCCGCCUCUGUGCCAGAAGCUCUGAGGCCAGCAGAGGCCCCUCUUCCUCAGCUCUGGCAGCUCUCGCCUUGUCGCCCCAUCGCUCCCUCCUGAGAAAACGCCACAGGGAGUUGGACUGGCGGAGCCACCCCCAGUCCAAACGCUCCAGGGAUGAGUACUGCACGUCCUCCCCAGGGUCUAAACGCCACGGGAGAGAGAUGCUGAGGCGUUGUCUCUCUGCUUCUGAAUAUCAACAUGAUGGCCUCUCCUAUAGCUCCAUGAAAUACAGCAACAACCAGCAGCGCUCAGCAGAUGCACAUCAGGAAUCUUGGAUGAGUCGGCACCGCCAUGUGUCUGCGGCUGAUUUCUCUGGCAUGGGAAGUUCACUUGAGAGCAGAAUGGCCAGUGGCUCCUCCCCCAGAAAAAGGUGGUGAUCAGGAAAACACCGGCCGCCCGCUGAAGAAUGAAACAUAUCGUGAUGUAAGAGAAGUCAGUGCAGCUUUUUAAACUUUCUGACACAUAUUGGUGAAAGUCUCAUGGUAGUGUGUAAAUUAAUUAAAACCAAAAGCAUUUUUAAUGUGAGCUCAGGAAACUGUAUCACUAAACUAAAACUGCUGAUGUUAAAUUUUUAGCUGUUCAUUAUGUGUCUUUGUUUUCCAUCCAAGUUCAAGUUUGUUUGGAUGUUUUAAAUGUUUUACAAGUAUCGUCCAAACCAUCUGUUAGAAUAACUGUGGUUUAUACUCUUGUAUGCUCUCUGAAUCUUCUUGUAUGAUGCAUCAUUACCUAAGUUAUUACAACCUCAUGUUUAUUCCU